AUGCCUCUUGCCCCGUCUUCGCACUGCUGCAGCUGCUGCUGCCUCUCGGAAUGCUUCCCUGGUGAACGCUCCGGAUUCAGACGUUCAACGCUCUGGGAGAACGCCACUGUGCUGCCCUCAGCAGACGCAAGGGCUUUCGCUGCAUUCGCUGCUGCGCUGCCUGCGACUCGAGCUCAUGCCUCUGCUGCAGCAGCAGUUCAGCUUGCUGCCGCUGCUGCUGCAGCUGGUGUUGCAGCAGCCGCUUCUCCUUGUCAUGCACAGCUGUCACUGCAGCGGCACGGAAAAGGCACACAUGCGCACAGCUGCUAA